CUUCUUCGCUGUACCGGUUGUCUUUGCUCUCAGAUCAUAUAUGCUCACAAGUCACAAUCAAUAAAGUAUAUUAAAACGAAACGACUUAGCUAAAAUCAUUUCUAAUUUAUUUUUGUUCGCCUCAGGACCUGGUGAUAAUAUUAUACACACAUUAUAUUAUAUUUAAGCAGGAGGUGGUUCCUUUGAUUGUAGUGGAAUUUCGUUACCCCACCACAGAUCCAGUGAUGAUAUAUAAAACAUGUUUAUUAUUAUAAAACUUUUUAUAUACUGUUUAUUUAUUAAUUUUUACUCAUGCAAUAAUCUCCAAUUUUAUUUAUAAAUAUGGCUUUAUUUUAUUUAUUUAUUAUGACAUACUGUCGUGUUAUCUUCGACAUAUAAAGCUAUCAACUUAAAAACCAACCUGAUAAAUGAAAAAUGUCACCUAUUACUAAUGGUAGCUAGGACCUAUUUAUCUUUAAAUUUAAGAAAAAGAAACUUAGACACUAAAAAUGCUAACUAUAACAUCAUCAUAAAUAUAACUGUACAUCUUCUGUAAAUGACACGUGAUUUAUGUGACCAUAUUGGUAGACAGAAAGACAUUCCAUUGCAAAACCAUUUCUCUAUGUUUCAUCUUCAAACAUUUAUUGGGCAUAUACUCUGGUAUUAAAUAUUUAUUGGGCAAACGUAGGGGUUGAACAAAUAAAUGUUGAUUGGGCAAACCUAGUUUCAAUUUUAGGAUUAACGAGGGAUCAGAGGCAAAAUGUUAAACAGUAGUUUUGUUGAAGUAAAAAAGUACUAUUAAUGAGUGGGUUGAGUUUGGAUUGUGUCGAGGGCUGAGGUGAAAAAAAAUCAUUUUUUGUUGAAUAUGCUUCUGACAUGAGAAAUAUUCUAAGAAUAUUCUAUCACAUUAAUAUUUUAUUAGUGAAAAGUGGUCACUAAACUUAGAAUGAGAGUACAAAAACGUAAAUAUUUCACACUGUGAAGAAAAUUUCUCGCAAAAUUCACAAAUCACAUAUUAGGAAGAAAAUGCAAAAAUAGUAAGCUAAAAAAUCAAAUGAGAAACCAAAAGCACAAAAACAAAAGAACUCUUAGUUGUCGCUGGUGAUAAAGGAAUUGAAGGUGGUGCUUCAAGUCUCAUAUCGAUCAAUCCAAAACCCACUAAAAAUUUGCCAAGAACUAGACCUGAGGAAAAUCCAAAACCAACCCUUAGAUUGAACCCAAAAUCUGCUUAUAUCUAAAAGAAAAAUAACCCCAACUCGUAUGAAUACCAACAGACACUCACGUCUCCUUUUCGGCAAUCUUUCACACUCACUCACUCUUUAUUUUCUUUUUCUAUAUUCAAAAAAUCCCCCCCCUAAACACGAUAUAUAUCUUGAUAAUCAUCGAAGCAUCUCACAUAGAUAAGCUCCUUAGGUAUUUAGAAGAGAUAAGAGGAUUCAGAAAAGAUGAGAGGGGGGUGAGAGAAAAAAAGGGAGAAACAAACCUGAUUUUAAUAGUAAAAAUUAGGUCUCCAACAACUUUACCAAAUAUAAUGAAAAUUACUUUUAUUCGAAAUAUUUUUCAUUUUUCAUAUUUUUUGGUCUAUAUUUUAGUUAACAAACAUUAAUUUAGUAAAAUUUUAAAUUUAACGAGUACAAAAUCAAAAUACCGAAUUACAAUAAAUUAAAUGUAAAUGGCCCCUUUGUGCCCUCAUCCUUUGUUGAGUGACCAUUUUCGUAAUUUAUCCUUUUUUUUUUUUUUUAUGUUUUGUCAACUUGGGGCAUUGAUUUCAAAAUCGGGAAAAAUAAAAGAGAGAAAAAGUUUUUUUUUUUCAUUUAUAUGGAUAAGCUAUACAGACACUCAUAUAUGUAUUCUCCCUUUGUUUUUAUUUUAUUGAUUAUCAAAAUAUAAGCAUGCCUGAUUAAUUAAGAAAACGAUUUCAUAAGCAUUGAUCAGGUGGGAAACUUGCAUCAAAAUGAGAGAGGCCGGAUAAUAGUAUCUGAUAAUUAGCAGACGCUGACAAAGUGAGAGUGGAAAUUCAUAUAUAUAUAUAUAUAUAUAUGUGUGUGUGACAAGAUGUUAAUUAAUGUCAAGAAAAUGAUGCAGAGAUGGCAUCUUUGCAUCUGCAAUGAUACAUUCACAGGUGACAAGUGCUAUCAGUCGAUUGCACCAAUGUGGAGUGUAUAUAAUUAAGGAUUCAAUGUAAAGUUUUGAGAGCAUACCGGUACUGCAGAAGGUCGCUAGGUUUAGCACAAUGGCCGACUCCGCGUUGUGCAAGAAGAGAUUGGAAGGCAAAGUGGCGAUCAUCACCGGCGGCGGAAGCGGAAUCGGGGAGGCAACAGCUCGCCACUUCGCCGAUCACGGCGCACGGGCAGUGGUGAUCGCCGACAUCCAGGAGGAGAGAGGCCGCGAAGUAGCGGCGUCGAUCGGCUCUCACCGCUGCAUUUUUUUGAAAUGCGAUGUCACCGACGAGCAGCAGGUGAAGUCUCUGGUGGAUUCGACGGUCCAAAUCUUCGGCCGGCUGGACGUCAUGUUCAGCAACGUCGGAAUCCUGAGCUCGUGCGAGCAGAACAUACUGGAUUUCGAUCUGGACGCGUACGACCAUCUAAUGAAGACGAACGUGCGGGGUAUGGCGGCUUGCGUGAAGCACGCGGGGCGAGCGAUGGUGGAGGCCGGCGUCCGGGGGAGCAUCGUGUGCACGGCGAGCGUGGUGGCGACCAUCGGUGCGGCGGUGCAGAUCGAUUACAUUAUGUCGAAGCAUGCGGUGCUAGGGCUCGUCCGGUCGGCGAGCCUAGGGCUCGGGGAGCACGGCGUGCGGGUGAACUGCGUGUCGCCAGGAAUGGUGGCGACGCCGCUGGUGCGCGGUGCCUUCAGGAAGAGCGCGGAGGAGCUGGAGAAGGCCUUCGAACCGUCUAUUUGCCUGAAGAAGAGUGGACCGUUGAGGCUUAAACACGUUGCGGACGCUGUACUGUUUCUGGCUUGUGAUGAAUCCGAGUUUAUCACUGGGCAUAACUUGGCUGUCAAUGGCGGUUUUAGGCCCAAAUGAUCGGCCCAGCCUAUAAGAGUUGUCUAGUAAUUGGGCCUGACCCAAUAACAAGAAAUCUACAACCUCAGCUUAUGUCGCUCCUUUGAAAAUACUCUAAUAUAUAUUAUAUUAUUCUAAUAUAAAAGACCAGCUA